AUGGCUGCGACAGAUGCAGAGAGCAAAUAUGCCAUUCAUGAGGCAGCGAGGGAAGGAAGAACCCAAGUGGUCGAAUCGCUUCUCAGCGCGAAUCCUAGGCUCGCCAAACUCGUGGAUCAAGACGAACGCCUGGCAAUCCACUGGGCAUGUGCUUUCAACCAUCUCGACAUUGUGAAACUCCUCGCAUCGACCCGAUCCUUCGAUCCCGACGCACAGGACGGCUCAGGAUGGACAUCCCUGAUGAUCGCCUCGAGUUUGAAAGAAAAUAGCGGCGAGGCCAUUGUUGAGCUAUUGCUCUCGAAAGAAGCUGAUCCCAAGAUCACCACGAACAUUGGUGCCACGGCUCUCCACUUCGCAGUGUCAAAGGGAAACCUCGAGAUCUGCAAAAUUUUGUUGAAACACGGUGCUUCGGCCAGGACCAAGGAUAAACGCGGGCAGCUGCCUCUCCAUCGAGCCGCGGCAGUCGGGAGCGUGCCGAUAGUGAAGCUUCUGCUCGAGAACAAGACCCCUAUCAAUGCCACAGACAUGGACGGCAUGACGUCCCUGCAUCAUGCAAUCAGCGAAGGGCAUGCGCAUGUGGCGGUGGAGCUGUUGAAAGCGGGCGCAGAAACGGACAAGAAGGAUAGUGACGGCAAACUUGCAAUCGAAUGUGCACCAGACAACAAGGUCCGUUCGUACAUUAUCCAGGCUGCUGAACGGGAGGGGAUCGAGUUCGAGUGA